AGUUUGGUACAUUAUGAUAAAGUAGUUGUUUUUGUUGUAGAUAACAGUCAGGGUCUCUCUGGAUCAGGAAUCUUAUGCUAACACCCGAACAGGGCAGAUAAUACACACCCUCACCCAUUCAAGGCUAAAAGGCCGUUAACACACACUUAUCGCCCAUUCUGACUGCUUUCACACACAUGCACAUUCAAUAGCCAGGCUAUCCAGCUUGGACGGUCCUGUUCCUGCAUAACACUUUAUGUAAAUCAUGUUUUGCUGUAUCACCGUAUCUGUAUCACCAAUUACAUUUGCAGUUAUGUUGGCUUAGGUUCAUGGCUCAUUGUCUUUUUUUAAGUUUUAGCUAUUUUGCUCGCUGUGUAUGCAAAAUCAUAUCUGUUUUUGAGGUUGUUUGUAAUUUUAAGAUUAAUUCAUUGUCUUGACUUUGUUUCUGGUUGAAGGGGUUUUGUAAAUGUGUGUUUUUGACUCAUUUUGAGGGGAUGUGUUUAUGCGGGGGAUGCUCACCUCUCAAGUUUAAGGAGAUGUGGGUGCAAGCACAUAUCACUGAUAACGGUGGGAGGUGCAUUCUUGCCAAGGGGGUUGUUGUUUCUCUGAAGGCCAUAUAAACUCCUCUGAAGAAUAUCUCUGCGCUCCAUUAUCUCAUUUGUUCUUCCUGCGAGGUCUCUGCGGUGGCUUCUUGUGAAGUUUAAAGAUGGCUGUGGUUCAUGCUCAAGUGAAUGUCUGGAGUACGCCAUGGGAUCACAGGUUUCAGUUGUAUGGAGGACAUGUGUGUAAUACACUAAUGGCAGAUACCUGGGAUGACAGAACACCUCUACAUGACGCUGCUUUGCAAGGAAGAUUGCUGCCAUUACGAAGACUGCUUUCACAGGGGUACAAUGUGGGAAUGGUUACAUUAGAUGGAAUCACACCACUGCAUGAAGCAUGUGUUGGAGGCCAUUUCACCUGUGCUAAACUCCUCCUGGAACAUGGUGCUGAUGCCAAUGCUGUCUCUCUUGAUGGAGCCACUCCUCUCUUCAGUGCAUGCUGUAGUGGAAACCCUGCCCUCGUCAGCCUCAUUCUGAUCUACAGCUCUGUGCACCAUCCAGCUCAUCUGCAGAGCUCACCUCUCCAUGAAGCAGCAAAGAGAGGUCACACAGCAUGUGUUGAACUGCUGCUGUCUCAUGGUGUGAAUGUGGACAUGGAGGUUCCCAGCAUAGGAACAGCACUGUACUGUGCAUGUGAAUCCAAGGCAACAGAAUGUGUACAGAGCCUGCUGAUCUCAGGUGCUGAUGUACAUUAUGGGCGGGGUCUUGACACACCUUUACAUGCUGCAAGCAGGGUGGGCGGGGCAAAAGAGGUGGAGCUACUGUUAGAGCACGGGGCUGAUGGGACCUUAAGGAACUCUGAAGGAAAGAAAGCUCUGGAGCUGACAGCAGAUCAGAGCAUCAAACAUCUCUUGCAGACUACAGGUCCGUGCUCCCUGUCUCAGCUGUCCAGAUGGUGUAUUCGACGUUCUCUGGGACAAAAAGGACUAAACAAAACCAAGAUGCUUUGCUUACCACAUCUCCUACAUAAUUAUCUUCUUUAUCAUUAAAACACACAUAAACCUUCCUUGUCCAAACAUGGUUCACUUAGUAAUCUUGUUCUUUUUGAAUAACAUUUUGUACACAUUUCUACCUGUAAAUAAUCUUUUUUUUUUUGG